GAACCGAUUCGACACUGGAACUUAGCGAGCUCAUAUCCUGAGCUUUUAUCGCCGGAGUUAUCACACAGCGGGCCCGGACUUUAGAGGGAAAUGGCUGCUGCUGUGAACACGUAGAUAAACUUAGCGUUUUGUGUCUGUUUUUGUGUUUUUAUUCUCGCUGUAAGGAGGAAACGCUCCGUGCUAUCGUUAGCAUGUGCUAACUCGCAUUCAGUUUCGCUCUUCUGCGGUUUCCUGCUCCCGUUUUUGACCAGGAAUAAACACAAAGCCCACCGAGAACACAUAUUUAGGGUUGAACGAGGUUAAUUGUGCUUUAAUACAGGAGAUUUUCGCCACAGAAUACUUAUGCCAAAGUCAGAGAGAUCUUACUGCUGUUUGUAGCAUGCUAGCUGUUUGGCUAGAGAGUGAUUGUUGAUAGAGAGCCCUGAGAUAUGUUCGUUAAAAAUAAGUCGUGAAACUGUUUUAACACGAUUAGGUUUAACAUUUAUAUAUUUUCUGUUUGGUUGUCUGCUUGGCAGGUUGAUGAAGGCUAAAAAAUCAUAGUAGUUUAUAAGACAUCUUGCUAACUUCUAUGUCGGUGUGAGCGAUGUUGCUGUUUAACCACACGGCUUGUUUAACGUUACAAGUCUAAAAAUACUGACACUCCAGUAACAUUUUCCGUGAUGUGCUGUUGAAUAGUUCGCUGUACGUUUGAUUUCUUUGCUGUCUUAAUAAAAAUGGAAUAUCAUGUCAGAGCUGCUCAAGGCUAGCUAACACAUAAGUGCUAACAUUAGCUUAAGUUAAUGGGAAGAUAGCUCAAAGCCAAAUCCACUGGGACGUUUGUUACUCUUCGCUUUUAGAAUAAAUUGAUGCUGAAGGUAUUCGUUUUUUCUCCUGUAGCUGUAAAAUGUGUUACUGGCAUACAGGGGAAAGUGAGAUGAUCCGUUGACUCCUAGGCCUGGAAGAUAUGUGUAUAAAUAGAAGUCUCCAGUUAAUAUAUGAAUCUUCAAUCUUGGUCAGACUCUCCAAUCUUUUAAUCACAUAUUAAGAAUCAGAUGUGUUCAUAUUAGCAUAUCGUUGUUCAGAGAAAGGUUUACUUAUUUGUUUGGAAAAACUAGGAAACCUUGAUGUGAAAUAAAAUUCUCAGGACUCGGAGCUGAAGCAACUAUUUUUUUUAUUAAGAAUCACAGAAGCAUUAACACAUUUUUUUUUCUGUGUAGCCUUUAGUAUUGUGAAGAUCUGAUGCAUAUCUGUUGACAUCUCUAAAGCUAAAUUAUAAACCCCUAAAACGUUAUAUGCACGAAGUCAUCUGAAUUGCAUUUUAAUACAAACAUCUCAUGCUUCAGAAGCAUUGACAAGCCACAGAUAUGUUAAUAACGACCGUAUUCAGAAUAUCCUGUUGGUCUUAAGUAUGUCAUCAGAACAGCUUGUUUAUUUAUGGAAUUGUGUUUGUUUAAGGUGCUGGAAAGUUGUAACGAAACUAAACCAGGCAGUUUUGAUGAUUCCUCAGGAUGAUUGUUUUCAUGUAGCCUUUGGAUCGCAGUUGUGCCAAAAACUCUUGAUGAAACGCACUACAAAAAGAGGUCUGCCAGAGAAACAUGCAAAUUAUCAGUUGAUAUUGAAAGAACGCAGACCUGAAGUCUUUGUGGAUUAUCUAGCUCACUGCUAAUUUUUGGCCAACCUUUCAUUACAAGUCCAAGAAAGUUCAUCCUGGGGGUUCCAAUGGAAGAACCGCUCUAGAAACUUUGCCAAGGAAAGUUCAGAAACUUUGAGUCCAGGAUUGUCUCAUUUAGAGACGACGGGAAAGAUGGGCUCUCAGGCUCUUCAGAUAUUGCGGCAGGGAGUGUGGGCCUCUUUGACCGGAGGAUGGUACGUGGAUCCUCAUCAGAGUACCUUCUCAAACUGCUUUCACCUCUACCUCUGGAUGUUCCUCUUGGCCUUCCCCUUUCUUCUGUAUAUGGCCCUCCCUGCCAGUUUAGUAGUUGCUGGUGUGUAUUGCGCUGUGAUCGCAGCCUUCUUCACAGCCAUAAAAGCAGUAAACUUCCGACUUCAUGCCAUGUUUGAUUUGGGCGAGAUCGUGGAGAAGAGGCAGGCCUCAUUCACCACUGACCCCCAGAGGGUUGAAGAAGGAGAAGAAGGCUCUGGAGCUCACAACGGAAGCCAGCACAGGGAUGUCGGUGUGGAAAUGACGGUGUUCCGAAAGGUGAACUCCACUCCUCCUGUGCGCUGCAGUUCCCAGCACUCUCUGUUUGGAUUGAACCAGGUGUCGGAAUUUUUACCACAGAUGGAAGACCCUGGAGGCUUAAAGGAUAUUAAAGAGCUCAUGCAAGAGCAGGGCAGUAACAAUGUUAUAGUGACCUCUGCACAUAGAGACGUCCUUCGCCACUACACUAGUGUGGUGCCAGCCUAUCUGGCUGGGGAUUACAAAGGACUAAUUAGAGUUUGUGAUGCAAUGUCAGCAGGUUUUGGUAGCCUUCACCCAACAAACUGCCCAUCCAUCCCGCCCUCCCCCUCAAGCCAAGAAGAUGGAGAUGAGAAAGAGCAAGUGGAGAAUGGAGAUGUGGAGCAGAGCCCUGAUGGAGAACGUUGUGGAGGCUACUCUCCCCUCGGACCCUCAGCGGAGUCUGAGAGCCUGGGAGAUGCUCCUCUAAGCCCCCUCAUCAAGAGUAGCUUGAGUGAGGAACUAAGUGAGAACUUGCUGGGUUUGGGCCUUGACCCUGUCACUUUUGCUGCUGGUGCUGAGCAACCAGGCAGUCGCACCGGGGUGGCCCUGGCUGCCGGCUCCACUGAUAGCUGCUUUAGUGGAGGUGGAGCAGCCACAGACAGAGAGACUUUGAGUACGGUAAGCAGCUACCGCAGUGAGAAAACAGACUCAACCCAGCUUGAGAGCCCCUCGAUGGGCCAGGUGCAUCAACGUGUGUCCAAUGCUCUUUCCGCAGCUUUGCCUCAGGGUAAAGGUCCUCUUCAGCAGCCAAGCGAUGUGCUGGAAGGGGGCAGUGACACGGACGACCUUUCAGACAGCGUGUUGCUGCGCUCUCCCUCCAAAGAGCUCUCUUCUGGGCAGGUCCUGGACAGAACUCUGGUGGAAGGAGAAGACCUUCCCCAUUUGCUUACGCACAUUGCACACCCCACCUUGCAGGACUCGUCACCAUCAAGCAGCGGACCUUCUGAGACCUGCGAUCUUGAUGGUGGCAUCCCCAUACCCCCUCUUCCUCCACCGCGUCAAGCUAGUUCUGUACCUUCAGGGUUGGGGCUGGGCUUGGUCUGCUCAGAGCCUGCUUUGACUGUCUCCGCCCCAUCCUACCUCCUAGCAGAGCCACCAUCGCUGCAAGCACAGCAGCAGGUGGUGCGUCCUAAAGAUUUGAAGCUGUUACGCGCAGGGGGCAGUGUGGGGCAUCGUCCUGGCCGCAGGAAAGCUCCCCGGAAACGAGGCACUGCUGCUAGUAGCAGUUUCGACUGUGGUUCCUAUCGCCGGCACAACAACCGUAGCCAACACAGAGAUUACAUCCCUGUACGCAGUCGGCUGGGAGCCAAAACCUACAGCGAGAGCUUGUUUGAGGACUCCACUGAUGAAGACGAUGGCAGCGACAUGAGUGCCGGCUCUAGCCUUGGGUCCCAACGGCGCUUUAGCUCUGACGAUGAAGACGAGGAUGAAGAUGAUGAUUCAAGCUCCUCAACCUCCUGCUACUCCCCUGAUCUGGCCAAUGGUGGCAUUGCUUCUCAACCUGGGCCAGUCCCUCAGCUACCUAUCCCUGGGGAGGGGGAAGAGCCUGAUAUUUUAGGCCUCUCCCAUUCUCGCAGUGCUCAGCGCUCAGCCAGCACAGCUAGUGCCAAGACUCAUGCCAGAGUGCUCAGCAUGGAUGGGGCUGGUGGUGGUUCAAACAACACAGGGACCCUUGCUUCUACACUGCUACCGCCUUCCUCAACUCUUGUCCAGCGUCCGCUCACCAUCUCCAAAUCAGACCUGGAGGCUCGGACGGUACACUCGGAGGUCUUCUCUAGGGUCCACCACAGACUGGACAGGCUAGACUCUCUUGGUGGCUCAUGGGCUGGGAAUCAGACUGGCUGGAGAGCAGGAGAUCUGCUGGAAGAGGGUGCAGUAGGAGGAGCCCCAGAGGAGGGCAACAAACGUGACUCUGUGAGCAGCGUAAAGAGGACACAGGCAAUUCGUAGGCGACAUAAUGCUGGUAGUAACCCCACCCCGCCCCCCUCCGCCAUGGGGUCACCUCCUAGUCUUCAGGACCUUCAGAGAGUCCGCACUUCUUCUCACUCCCGAACACGAACGCUCCCCUCCGCCCUGCACUUUGCCGCAUCCUCUCUGCUACUUCUGCCCCGCAGCGGCGUUCAUGAGGCCUCCACCUUUGAUGACACAUCAGAAGGAGCUGUGCAUUACUUUUAUGACGAAAGUGGAGUAAAGAGAUCUUAUACUUUUGGACCCUCUGGUGGAGGAUAUGAGGACCCAAUGCAGCUUAGGGAGCGUGAGCGCGAACGCGAGCGUGAGCGACAGUCACAGUCAUCUAGCUUCACCUCCACUGAUGUCCAGGAGGUAACGCCGGCAAUGUCCAUGCUUCAGCCCAGACCGGUGGUCCUCCAAGGCAUGCAGGUCCGCAGAGUACCUCUGGAUAUGCCAGAGUUUGACCUAGAUCACGACUCCCCACACGAAUCCCAAGAGAACACGCUGAUGAUCGAGGAGAAGGCCAAACCUAAACAGUAUUAUAGAUUUUGGGUGCUGCCGGGGAAGUGGCUUCGGGUUCGCUAUGAUAGGCUAGCGUUGCUAGCCUUACUAGACAGGAAUCGGCGCGUUGGGGAGAACGUGUUUGCCGUGGUGUUGGCCAGCUUAGUGGCAUUCCUUGGCUUCCUGCUGCUUCUCCAAGGCUUCUUUAGGGACAUCUGGGUCUUCCAGUUCUGUCUGGUCAUUGCCAGCUGUCAGUACUCUUUGCUGAAGAGUGUACAGCCUGAUGCAGCCUCUCCAAUGCAUGGCCACAACUGGAUCAUUGUGUAUAGCAGACCAAUGUAUUUCUGCUUGUGUUGUGUCUUGAUCUGGCUGUUUGACCUGGUGGGUCAUUGGGACAGUCUGCGGCCUUUCACCCUGUAUGGGGUCACUCUCUUUUCUGCUCACUUCCUGCUCUACGCUAGAGACAUUCUUACAGUGUUCACCCUCUGCUUUCCAAUCAUCUUCCUAUUCGGGCUUCUACCUCAGGUCAACACUUUCCUUAUGUGUUUGCUGGAACAGGUGGACAUGCACAUUUUUGGUGGAACCGCCACCACUAGCCCCCUGUCAUCAGUCUACAGUCUCAUUCGCAGCAUGUUGGUGGCAACUCUGGUUUAUGGAUUUUCCCUUGGUGCCGUUUAUGCUCCGUGGGGAGAGGCGCAUGUGCCGGUGCUCUUCUCUGUGUUCUGCGGUCUCCUCCUAGCAUUGUCGUAUCAUCUAAGCAGGCAGAGCAGCGACCCCACCAUUCUCUGGUCUCUGGUUCGAUCCAAGUUUUUCCCAGAGCUGGAGAGCCGGACACCAGAAGAGCCCCCACUAGAGAUUAAAGACCCUCUUCCAGAGAAACUGCGAAACUCUGUGAAAGAGACUCUUCAUUCCGACCUGGUCAUGUGUCCACUUAUGGCUAUCAUCACCUUUGCCAUCAGUGCCAGUACUGUCUUCAUUGCUCUGCAGCCUGCUCUCAGUUUUGUCCUGUACAUCUUGGCCGGGGUGGUGGGCUGCUUCACGCACUACCUCCUGCCCCAACUCCGCAAACAGCUGCCAUGGUUCUGCUUGGCCCACCCUGUUCUGCGCUCUCGAGAGUACAGUCAGUUUGAGGUUCGAGAUGCCGCUCAGCUGAUGUGGUUUGAGAAGCUGUACGCCUGGCUGCAGUGCCUGGAGAAGUAUUUCAUUUACCCGGCUGUAGUGCUUAACUCCCUGACCACCGAAGCUCACACUGUCAGCCAAAACCUGGAUAAACCUGGCGCCUAUGGCCGUGCUCUGUUCAUCUCAGUGGCUGGAAUGAAGCUGCUUCGUUCGUCAUUUUGUGUCCCGUCUCAGCAGUACGUCACCCUGUGCUUCACCGCGCUCUUCUUCCAAUUCGACUACCCUCACUUUUCACAGACCUUUCUCCUUGACUACUACUGUAUGUCCAUCCUCUUCAGCAAGCUUUGGGAUCUGCUGUAUAAGCUUCGUUUCGUGUUGACCUACAUUGCACCUUGGCAAAUCACAUGGGGUUCUGCGUUCCACGCCUUUGCUCAGCCAUUCGCUGUUCCUCACUCGGCCAUGCUGUUCGUGCAAGCUGUCUUUUCAGCACUGUUUUCCACUCCUCUCAACCCAGUGCUGGGCAGUGCGGUCUUUGUCACCUCCUACACCCGUCCUGUGAAGUUCUGGGAGAGAGACUACAACACUAAGCGAGUAGAUCACUCUAAUACACGUCUGGCCACACAGCUUGACCGUAACCCUGGUGCUGAUGACAAUAACUUGAACUCUAUCUUCUAUGAACACCUGACACGUUCCCUGCAGCACUCCCUGUGCGGGGACCUUCUGCUGGGCCGCUGGGGGAACUACAGCACCGGAGACUGUUUCAUCUUGGCCUCGGACUACCUCAAUGCUCUCGUACACAUCAUCGAGAUCGGCAACGGCCUCGUCACGUUCCAGCUCAGAGGCCUCGAGUUCAGGGGAACGUACUGUCAGCAGAGGGAGGUGGAAGCCAUCACUGAAGGGGUGGAGGAAGAUGAGGGCUGUUGCUGCUGUGAACCGGGUCAUCUUCCACACAUGCUGUCCUUCAACGCUGCUUUUGGCCAGCGCUGGCUUGCCUGGGAGGUCGCCGCAACUAAAUACGUUCUGGAGGGCUACAGCAUCAGCGACAACAACGCAGCCUCCAUGCUUCAAGUCUUUGACCUACGCAAGAUUCUCAUCACAUACUACGUCAAGAGUAUCAUCUACUACGUAAGUCGCUCACCCAAACUGGAAGAGUGGUUGGCCAAUGAGGCAGUGCAGGAAGUGUUACAGCCCUGUCUCAACCCAGCCUACGUGGAUAGUGACCCCACCUUCAACCUGAAUAUAGAUGAAGACUACGACCACCGUGCUUCCGGCAUCACCCCCUCUUCCUUCUGCCUUGUGUAUCUGGAGUGGAUCAAAUACUGUAACAGUCGCAGACAAACGCCGGUCGAGAGUGAGAGAGAUUCCCCUCUGGUCACACUUUGUUUUGGAUUAUGCAUUUUGGGCCGUCGAGCUCUUGGAACCGCCUCCCACAGUAUGUCUGCAAGUUUGGAGCCGUUUCUCUAUGGGCUUCACGCACUGUUCAAGGGCGACUUUCGCAUUACCUCUCCCAGAGACGAGUGGGUUUUUGCAGACAUGGACUUGCUGAAUCGCGUGGUAGCUCCAGGCGUACGAAUGUCCCUCAAACUGCACCAGGAUCAUUUCACAUCUCCUGAUGAGUAUGAGGACCCAGUGGUGCUGUAUGAUGCCAUCACAGCUAAUGAGGAGAAGAUGCUCAUCUCUCAUGAGGGUGACCCCGUGUGGCGCAGCGCCAUCCUGGCAAACAUGCCGUCUCUGCUGGCUCUCCGCCACGUCAUGGACGACGGCAGUGACGAAUACAAGAUCAUCAUGCUGAACAAACGCUUCCUCAGCUUCAGAGUUAUCAAGGUGAACAGAGAGUGUGUUCGCGGGCUCUGGGCCGGGCAGCAGCAGGAGCUGGUCUUCCUGAGGAACCGAAACCCUGAGCGUGGCAGCAUCCAGAAUGCCAAGCAAGCCUUGAGGAACAUGAUUAACUCAUCCUGUGAUCAGCCUAUUGGAUACCCCAUCUACGUAUCCCCCCUCACCACCUCCUAUGCCGGGGCUCAUGCUCAGCUGCGCACAGUUUGGGGAGGACCCAUCAGCCCCCACAACAUUUAUACCUGGUUCAUCAGCAGCUGGGACAGACUUCAGAAGGGUUGUGGUGCCGGUUGUAACAGUGGGGGUAAUAUUGAAGACUCAGAUUGUGGGGGUGGGUCUACGUCCAUCAGUAACAACCCUGCAGUUCAUCUUCCCCAGAGCACAGCUCUCAGCUUCCCUCCGCCCCACCCUACCACUGUACAACCUUCAAUAGGGACUGACAACCCCGUUGGACCUUCCUGGCCAUUGCAUCCCCAGACCCUCCCACUUACACUUCUCAGCCAAUCAGAAGGCAGGAUGGAUGCAGGACUAGUUAGCUCCUUACACCGCACCACGUCUAUCCAUGGCCUUUUGGGGCAAAACUUGUCUAGCUCCCAACUGUCUUUCAGCGGUUCAGUGGCUCUACCACCUGCAGAUCGCUUUUGCCCCAGUAGUCUGCAGGAGAACCCCAGCCACAGGGCAUCUCAGAGGGGUCUGGGUCACGGCAGCGGGCUGCCCUAUGAGGCCUUGUACAGCAAAUGGAGUCUGUCCGGGAGGAAGGGAUUUAACGGACAUGCUCCAAUGGAAGUUGACAGUUUGGCAUCUCAGAGUAUACGCACACAGUCUUCACAUCCACCCCUCCCUGUCCUGCCCUCUGACUUCAGCCCAACACUGGAUCCAACAGGGGCUGUACCUUCAGAGACCACGCCCCUUACACCAGACCCCCUCAGUUCACGUGACGAGUCAACAGAACUGCCUUUACUUGAGCACCUCCGCUGAGCCUGCACAGGGACUAACCCGCACAGCUGGAGCAGUACAGCCGGGAUCACACUGCUUGCGUUUGAUCCAAGGCAUUCUGGAGUUUCCCAGCACUGAAUCAAGUUGACCUUCUCGUCCCAUCUUAAGAUCAAAGCAUCUUCGGUUCUCAAGUAUUCUCACCCGGUAAGGUGUUGUCAGACUGCGCUCCCCUUAAGCUUUUAUGGCUACUGUUUGGUCAGCAGACUCAAAGUAGCUGGUCAGUGCAAUGUAAAGGGAUUUUAAGUUUUGCUAAAUGGAGGGUUUGGUCUUAAAAUGAAUCCACUGUACACCCACCAGCAGUAUCAAAAAGGGAGCUCUCUUUAUCUCUGUAGCAGCCUUAAAUUGACCCUGUAUAUUUUCUUUCCUGUGAGGCGGCACGUUGUGUCCACGUUGCUAAACAUCCAGAGUGCUAAAGCUUAGCAUCAGCUCUUGCGCAGAGGUUUCUUUUUUUGUUUUUCAGAUCAAAGCCCAGAACUUUUUUUCAACUGGCCUUUGAGGAGAACCACCAUCAUCUAGCAUCCUGAUCAUAGCUCGCACAUAUGAUCCAGCGUUCAGCAUUGACGGUUCCUCUGCAUGAUCUCACUCAUAAACAUCACAAUCACAGUUUUUCAACGAGCUUCAGGGAUAAGACUUGAAUACCCACAACAGAAUUGGGACGGAGCAGAAACGGAAGACUAUAGAUUUUUUCAUACAAGGGGAUGUUUUUUUUUCUUUUGCAAGGGAUACGUUUUUAUUUCUUUAUACGUUACACAAAAUCGAAGAUGACCUUCCUCUCUGCUAACAUCUGCUCCCCACAAAUGUGCUCCGAAUGCUGGCUGUUAGGCGCUCGCUGCGGGCAUCUGCAGUUUGUCUCCCUCUACUGCAAUACUACUGCUACUGCAUCCCUCCCCACUACUAAUAGAACUAACAAAACUACUGCUCCUUUGACUUUUAAACUCCAGCGUUUUAGUUGGAAAAACAUGGUGGGGAACAACAACAAUAUACCAAUUCUAAAGACAAAGAUGACGUAUUUAUUUGAUUGCUUAUCUCAAAUGAAGAUUGAGGGCGUGGCGUGUUUUGAUGAUUUGUCAUGUGUUGGAUGACUCUUGUUUGGAUUCACCCAGUGAGGCUAUUCUCGUCUUGUGUGUGUGUUUAAUACAACUGGAAAGUUUGAUGUCAUUCGUAUGUCAUAUCUGCUGUUCUCGAAUGGGCAGAAGAAGCUCGGAUUGCCUGCUGUGGACAGCAUGGCAUAUACUGCCUUUGUAACAACAAACAUAUCAAAUCCGUGCAGUCAACAGUGUGAGCCUGAAAUGUCUGGAGUAACUACGAUGUGUCUUUAUAAAGGAGCUUGAAUUUCCCAUGAGGUGUCUCAAGUGAUUUCAGAUUCAAGGCUAUUAGGUUCUUUAUGUUUGCUUGUUUUGAGUGAGUUUGUAGGUGGGCCGCCAUGGGAAAAUGGUGCCUUAUAAUUAGAAUUAGAAAUACAGUGUCCUGGUUAUAGAGAAAGGAUUCAGGAAUUUGAGCUUCUUUGCUAUGGAUUUACUGUUUGUUUGAUGUUAUAUUUGGUCAGACCAUGGUACAUUUUUUCCCUACCCAGUUUGUGUAAAGAGACAUGUUUGUGUUUUCCUGUGUCUGAUAAAAGUGUCCACUGCUUCAUAUAUUGCCAGAAUAGGCUGUUCUCACUGAAUGCUCACUUAUUCAUACUCAUUUAAACCACCAAACAUUAUAACACAAGUAUACAGAUGUCUUUAUGCCCAUCACGUACAGGUGAACACUAGAAAGGUGUCUGUUCUCAUUCACCACACUUGCACCCUAUAGGCCAGCUCAGAUCUGUCAUAACUAUUGAACGAUUGGCUUGUCACGGUUGGGUAGAGGUGGAUCAAACUCUUGUUCUCUCCCCAUCAGGACCGUUUUUCUGGGUUUCCCUACUUUUUACUCUCAAAGGGCAGCGCAGUUUCCAAAGCAACGGAGUUCUCUUACUGGGAGAAAGCACAAGUUACUGGAUAGUCAUGGGUGUAGGUGAUAAAAGGGAUGUAACCAAUCUCUGCCAUAUAUGUACAGCAUGUUUUGUAUAUAAAUAUAUUUAAAAAUUAUAUAUAUAUAUAAAUCUAUUUUAUUAUUAUUGGAUUUCUGGUUAUUUUUCAAUGGAAGUCACUACUUUGAGUCUUAGGGGAGCCGUGCUUCAGUGUAUGCGUGCUCUCGGACAGCUCUGAUUCUCUAUCGGCAUUGAAUCAUGAGGCUUGGGGAAUGAAUCAGUUAACAAUGCUUUUGCACAACUAUUGUAAAAUAGUACACCAUCUUGUAUUUUUUAUUUUAGUUUAACGGGGGUUGUUUUAUUUAAAAACUGUUAUUCAAUAUUCAAAGUCAUGUACAGUUUUUUAUGUGAUUAUUUUUGCCCCUCCUAUUUAAAUUAAAGCUUUUUUGUGUCUGUUUGCAAAAGUUA